GGUGGUCUCUCGGGGUCUUCUUGUCCAUGUUUGGGCCGUCCUCUGCAUCCAUGCGUGCGGCGACCAAAUAUGGAGGCAGCAGCGGCAGAAUUCCAAAGGAAUCCUCGGACAUUCCGGGCGUCCGUCGGCGGGGAAGAGAAACACCAAGGCUGCCUAUAAGAGAGCCGAGCCGGGGGCCGACUGUCACUCAUUCGGCGACCACCAAGACUUCACUUUACUCACGCCGGGACACAACCUGAGGCCGCCAUGUGUGACGACGACGAGACCACUGCCCUUGUGUGCGACAACGGCUCUGGCCUUGUCAAGGCGGGCUUUGCUGGAGACGACGCCCCCCGCGCUGUGUUCCCCUCCAUCGUGGGGCGCCCCCGUCACCAGGGUGUGAUGGUGGGCAUGGGCCAGAAGGACUCCUAUGUAGGCGACGAGGCCCAGAGCAAGAGAGGAAUUCUGACCCUGAAGUACCCCAUCGAGCAUGGCAUCAUCACAAACUGGGACGACAUGGAGAAGAUCUGGCACCACACUUUCUACAACGAGCUGCGCGUGGCCCCCGAGGAGCACCCCACGCUGCUGACCGAGGCGCCGCUAAACCCCAAAGCCAACCGCGAGAAGAUGACCCAGAUCAUGUUUGAGACCUUCAAUGUGCCUGCCAUGUACGUGGCCAUUCAGGCCGUGCUGUCCCUCUACGCCUCAGGUCGUACCACUGGCAUCGUCCUGGACUCUGGUGACGGCGUGACCCACAACGUGCCCAUCUAUGAAGGCUACGCUCUGCCUCACGCCAUCAUGCGUCUGGACCUGGCUGGUCGCGACCUGACCGACUACCUCAUGAAGAUCCUGACUGAGCGCGGCUACUCUUUUGUCACCACAGCUGAGAGGGAGAUCGUGCGCGACAUCAAGGAGAAACUUUGCUACGUCGCUCUGGAUUUUGAGAACGAGAUGGCCACCGCUGCCUCCUCCUCCUCGCUGGAGAAGAGCUACGAGCUGCCUGACGGUCAGGUCAUCACCAUCGGCAACGAGCGCUUCCGCUGCCCCGAGACCCUCUUCCAGCCCUCCUUCAUCGGCAUGGAGUCUGCUGGCAUCCACGAAACGGCCUAUAACAGCAUCAUGAAGUGUGACAUCGACAUCCGUAAGGACCUGUACGCCAACAACGUGCUGUCUGGAGGUACCACCAUGUACCCGGGUAUCGCCGACCGCAUGCAGAAGGAGAUCACGGCGCUGGCUCCCAGCACCAUGAAGAUCAAGAUCAUCGCCCCCCCAGAGAGGAAGUACUCCGUCUGGAUCGGUGGUUCCAUCCUGGCCUCGCUGUCCACCUUUCAGCAGAUGUGGAUCAGCAAACAGGAGUACGACGAGGCCGGACCCUCCAUUGUCCAUCGCAAGUGCUUCUAAGUGCCUCCUCUUCCUCGCUACAGUCCACGUGUACAUAUGUUAUUUAUUUAUUUUUAUGAAUGUGAUGGUGUGAAUGUGAAACAGAGGAAUGAACACACAAAAAGACCAAAAACAUGAGACAUGUCAAAGCAAAUAAAAUGCUUUUAUUUUCA